GUCGGGACGGCGCGGGCGGCGAGCGCGCGUCCUGGCGGCCCGACCCUCAGUCGGCGCGGCCUCGGGUCCCGAGGGCGCCCUGGGGAUGUACGGGGAGAGCUGGGCCCCGCGCCGGCCUGGGGCGUGGAAGCGGCUCUCGGCCCGCCGACUCCGAGUCGGAGCGGCCCCGGGGCGGCGGGGCCAGAGGGGGCGGACGCCGCUGUCUGAGCCGGCGCAGGCCGGCCCUUUCCGGGGCUGCGCGGCACCCAAGCCUCGGAGCCGGCAAAAAUGUGCCUAGUCACGGGGCCGCUCUCGGGGGAGUUGAGGCUCACUGCGCUCCGAGACCCGCAGCCCCCGCCCCGCGCGCCUGGCCCUGGGUCUCCGCGGGCGCGAGCUGCUGGGCCGCGCGCUCUCCCUGCCGGCCGUCUGUGGGCGCGCUGUGCCGAGACCGGCGAGUCCUACGGAUCGCGCUCUGAUCCCGCGGAGCCGGCGCCCCGGGGGCGGGGGAGAAAGUCUCGGAGCGCUCCGUGCGCUCUGACGCCUCGACGUGCGGCGCCGGCUGAGCUCCGCGCGCUCCUGGGGUCGGGCCCGUACCUGCCGCCUGGAGUGCGGACCACACUGAGGACUUGAGAUCGGAGUCGGGCACGCCCGGGGCUGCCGAUUACUACAGCACUUGCCUCCCGGUGGCGCGCCGCAUGUCUGGCCUUGGCCUCGGUGACAGCGGCCGGUUGGCUGUCACGGCCGCCCUCAGUUGGCCCUUUCCUGCUUAUAGCGUGCGAGCCUCCCCGCGCUGGGGCCAAGGGACAAGUUGGAGCUGUUGAUCUGUUGCGCAAUUGUUAUUUUCCCCAGGGCGGCUUUGUCUUUGGAUUUAGCGUUUCAGAAUUGCAAGUUCAAAAUGUAUAAGGCAGGAAACUCUGUGCUGUGCUGUCAAGGGACAUGGAUUUAAUUGACAUACUCUGGAGGCAAGAUAUUGACCUUGGGGCAAGUCGAGAAGUAUUUGACUUCACUCAGCGACAGAAGGAGUAUGAGCUGGAAAAACAGAAAAAACUUGAAAAGGAAAGACAAGAACAACUCCAAAAGGAGCAAGAGAAAGCCUUCUUUGCUCAGUUACAGCUAGAUGAAGAGACAGGGGAAUUCCUCCCAAUUCAGCCAGCCCAGCAGCACAUCCAGUCAGAAACCAGUGGAUCCGGCAACUACUCCCAGGUUGCCCACAUUCCCAAACCAGAUGCUCUGUGCUUCGAUGACUGCAUGCAGCUUUUGGCAGAAACAUUCCCAUUUGUAGAUGACAAUGAGGUUUCUUCACCUACAUUUCAGUCACUUGUUCCUGAUAUUCCCAACCACAUCAAAAGCCCAGUCUUCACUGCACCUAAUCAGGCUCAGUCACCUGAAACUCCCCUUGAGGUAGCCAUGGGUGAUGCAGACAACAUGCAGCAGGACAUUGAGGAAAUCUGGCAGGAGCUGUUUUCCAUUCCAGAAUUACAGUGUCUUAAUAUUGAAAAUGACAAGUUGGUGGAGACUACCAUGGUUCCAAGCCCAGAAUCCAAACUGACAGAAAUUAACAAUUUCUUCUACUCAUCAGUCCCUUCACUGGAAAAGGACGUAGGAAGCUGCGGUCCAGAGUUUCUUAAUACUUUUGAGGACUCUUUCAGCAGCAUCCUCUCCACAGAAGAUCCCAGCCAGCUGACAGUGAACUCCUUAAAUUCAGAAGCCACAUUAAACACAGAUUUUGGUGAUGAAUUUUAUUCUGCUUUCAUAGCAGGACCAAGUGUCAGCAACAGUGCAUCCUCCUCUGCCACUGUAAGCCAGUCACUCUCUGAACUUGAACUUUUAUGUGGGCCCAUUGAUAUUUCUGAUCUGUCACUCUGUAAAGCGUUCAACAGAAAUCACCCUGAAAGCACAGUAGAGCUUAAUGACUCUGACUCUGGCAUUUCACUGAACACAAGUCCCAGCAUAGCGUCACCAGAACACUCAGUGGCAUCUUCUGUCUAUGGAGACCCACCACCUGGCUUCAGUGAUUCGGAAAUGGAAGAGCUGGAUAGUGCCCCUGGUAAUGUCAAAUCCAGUGGUUCCAAAACACAGCCAGUGUAUUCCGCUGAGGAUACCACACAACCUCUGUCACCAUCUCAAGGGCACAGUUCUUCUGUACAUGAUGCCCCGUGUGAAAACACACCAAAGAAAGAUUUACCUACAAGUCUUGCUCAUCGAAAAACCCCAUUCACGAAAGACAAACAUUCAAGCCGCUUGGAGGCUCAUUUCACCAGAGAUGAGCUUAGGGCAAAAGCUCUCCAUAUCCCAUUCCCUGUAGAAAAAAUCAUUAACCUCCCUGUUGAUGACUUCCAUGAAAUGAUGUCGAAGGAGCAAUUCAGUGAAGCUCAAGUUGCACUAAUUCGAGAUAUACGUAGGAGGGGCAAGAAUAAAGUAGCAGCUCAGAAUUGCAGAAAAAGGAAACUGGAAAAUAUAGUGGAACUGGAGCAAGAUUUAGGUCAUUUAAAAGAUGAAAAAGAAAAACUACUCAAAGAAAAAGGAGAAAAUGACAAAAGCCUCCAUCAACUGAAAAAACAACUCAGCACCUUGUAUCUUGAAGUCUUCAGCAUGCUACGUGAUGAAGAUGGAAAACCUUAUUCUCCUAGUGAAUACUCCCUGCAGCAAACAAGAGAUGGCAAUGUAUUCCUUGUUCCCAAAAGCAAGCGGGCAGAUGUUAAAAAAAACUAGAUUGGGAAGAUUUGCCUUUUGUUUUGUACUGUUAUACUAAAAGCUCCUACUGUGAUGUGAAAUGCAAGAAAAUACUUUAUAAGUAAUUCUAUGCAAAAAUUAUAGCCAAAACUAGUAUAGAAAAUAAACAUUAAAGGGCCAGGGGUUUAGCUCAGCGUCACAAGUGCUUGCUUGGCAAGCACGAGGUCAUGAGUUUGAUCCUUGGUACAAAAAAAAAAAAAAAAAUUUAAUGAAAAUAAACAUUAAAAAGCACUGAAUUAUCAGUAUGUUGAAUCAGUAGUUUCACUUUAACUGCAAGGUUAAUUUCUUAGGACACCAUUUGGGCUUGUUUCUGUAUAAGUGUAAAUACUACAAAAUUUCUUAUUUAUACUGUUCUUAUCUCAUUUGUUACAUUCAUAGAUUUAUAUGAUGAUGUGACAUCUGGCUAAAAGCAAAUUGAUGCAAAACUAACCACUAUGUACUUUUUUUAUAAAUACUAUAUGAACAAAAAAUUGCAUUUUUAUAUUGCUUAGUUCUGGCAAAAAAUUAAGAGCUGGUACUAAUAAAGGAAUAUGAUGACUUAAA